AUGAGCGUCCGACAGCGACACACUGGCUAUAAACUGCAAGGUCUCGAAAGCAUUCAAAGCCUUGUAUUCGUCAGCCGCAUCUUCCACGACGAGCUUCUCAACUACUGCUUCAGCCGUUUCAACUUCUUUCUCCACAACGGCUCAGAGUCCAUACGCUGGGUGGCACGAGAAUUCUAUCGCCAAAUCGGAGUCGAGAACAGGAAGCUGGUCAAAUACAUCACCAUUCCCAGCUUCAGUAUCGAUCUUGUAAUGAUGAAUCCAGACAAUAUGAUUGAACUCUUCGCCGUUCACAAGGCUUUCUGCCUCGAGCUUUUGGAUGAGAUGCAGCGUGUUUUUGCCCUUCUGGCACGCUUCCCAGCAUUGGAAGAACUCGAUCUGGGUAUUGACAGUCUGGAGGCAGUGCGUCUGACUGAUCGCAUGCAUUGCAAUAUACCACCGCCGUCUACGUCGAGAGCAGAUCUGAGAAGAGAGCGUGGGUUGAUGUACGCGACUGAUAUCAGGGACGCUCUGCAAGAAGCAAGGUUUCUACCAGCAAGGGUGACUAUCGGUAUCUGGUGGACGACGAUAGGUCAGGAUAGAACUGAACUAAGAACGGAUGAGGAAAUUCGGCAAGACCAGGAAGACUUUCUGCAUCGAGUACGAGAAGACAUUAUGCCUGUCCGAGUAAUAUGUAAAGGCGUCAUGUAA